AUGGCUGCCACAAGCACCAUCGUCAUGUUCGUCCUCAUACUCGCGAUCACUCUCUCUUACUCCGCCGUGGCCGCCGAGACUGCGCAGGCACCUUCUUCUCAACCGCUUCUGACUUGUACGGAGGAGCUGGUUAUGUUCUCUCCAUGCCUCCCUUACGUCUCCGCUCCGCCGAACAACAUUUCAGAUACACCGGAUCGUCUCUGCUGCACGGUUUUCUCCUCGUCUGUUCAUUCCACCGCCGGAAACUGCCUCUGUUAUCUUCUCCGGCAGCCGAUGAUCCUUGGAUUCCCGCUGGAUAGAUCUAGACUGAUUUCACUAUCCCAGAUCUGUACCGAUCGGAGCUCCAGCGAAGAAUCUUUCGAGUCUCUCUGCUCGCCAUCAGAGUCGCCUGAGCUUCCGCCGCUUCAGAGUAUCCAGUUCACAUAUCCGUUUGCUCCCGGUGAUCGAGUUUCCGCCUCUCCUCCAUCCGUCGGCUUGGCACCGGAAACCGCCGGAAUUUCACCAAGCUCCGAUCAAUUCUCGCCAGAAACUGCUACCGUAUCAUCACCACCACCACCGUUUACAAACGACUCUCCACAUACAGAAAGAAACUUCUGGUUUCUAUCGACCAUCAUCAUGACGUUGGCCACUUCUAUCCUCACUAACAUCUGA